AUGGUCUCGACUACUAUCAACUUCUCCGGCCUCAUGUGCCUCGUCCUUGCUCUCGGCCCCGCCACCGUCCUCUCUGCUCCCCAGGUGCCGGCUCCCCAGCUGCCCGCUCUCCCAUUCCCGGAGAUCAUCAACCACGGCCCCGAGACCACCAACCUGGGCCCAGACAACAGCGAGACCUCCGCCGGCAGCGGCGUCAAGGUCGGCAUCCCCGGCGGUCCCUAUGUGAACGUUGGCGCCGGAUUCCUCGACUCUCACCGCGGCCCCUGCGGCCCUGGCUCAGGCGAUGACCACCUCGCCGGCGCUGGUGUUGACGUUGGUAUCCCCGGUGGCCCCAGAGUCAACGUUGGUAACGGCGAACACCACCACCAGGACGGCUACCCUUGCCCUGAGCCCCCUGCCGUUGUCGUUGUGCCUACUCCCACUGCCAACCCUCCUCCCGUGGUUGUUGUGCCUACUACUACUGUCAGCCCUCCCACCGAGAUCAUCACUCCCCCCGCUGAGACUGCCCACCCUCCUACUUGGACUGGCGUCCCCACUAUCCUCCCCCCCACCUUCACCACCCCCAUCUCUGGCCCUCUUACCACCGCCCCGGCCGGCUGGGUGCCCGCCCCCGCCCAGUCCUCCACCCCUCUGAUCCACCACGCCGUGCCCACUGCAUCCGCCUCGCCUUCCGCUGUUCCUUCCGUUCCCGUUGUGCCCGUCUUCAAUGCCGGCUCAUCUCUGGUCCCCGGAUCCGUCCUCGCAGUGGCUCUUCCUGUUAUCGUGGCUUUCUUCCAGUAA